AUGGCAUACUGCGAGCGGUGUGAACGUUAUUUCUCCAGCGAGCCCGCGCUCGAACAGCAUAAAGACGAUUCGAAUGCGCACCAUAGUCUUGUGCACCAUUAUUGCCAACGAUGUGACGAUCAUUUCGAUAGUCACAACGACCUUAUCAGUCAUUAUGAAGAGGACCACGAUUACUGCAAGACCUGCAACUUGUUGUUUAAGAACGCUGCCGGCCUACACGAACACAACCGCCAGAGCCACUGGUACUGCGUUGACUGCAGGCAGGUCUUCAGGGACAAGAACGGCCUGAAUAACCACUCGCGCUCUGCUGUCCAUCGAGACAGAAUCGUCCCUUGUCCAGGUAGAAACUGCAACAAGUGGUUCAUGUCCGGAGCCGACCUGGUCCUCCACUGGGAGUCCGGGACUUGCCCCUCACACGUUGACCGCGACAUUAUUAAUAGCGCCGCUGCUAAGCUGGAUCGAUCGAACAUCAUCACGAAUCCGAAUCGUCUCAUCGCUGGCCCAGAUGGCUACUCUCCUCCCUCCAGCACGGUCACUGCUACCUGGGCGACCGAACGCUCCUGGAACGGAUGCAAAUUUGAAUGUGUGCUAUGCCACCGGGAGUUCAAGGCUCUCAGAUCGCUCAACCAGCACCUCCGGAGUCCCGCACACGCAGAGAAAAUCUUUAAAUGUCCUCGCGGUUGGAACGGGUGUGGGAACGAGUUCCGUACACUCAGCGCGCUCCUCCAGCACGUCGAGAGCGAGCAAUGUGGGGUGCAUAGGUUCAACAGCGCGAUGCAGCGUGUCAUCGGCUCGUUGGGCGAUGGACUCAACAGACUCACUCUCUAACCACUGGCUCGCAGAGCGGCAUCCCGGCAUUUUCCUGUCCUUUGUCCGAAUAGUGCCGCUUUCACACACUAUCACGACAUCUCGUCUUCCGAUUCCGACUUCCUGCCAGCCCACAUGAAAUCUUUCGUUGCUGUUCACAUGUAUCGCUUCUCCAAUCAUCAAGCGCAGGCUCGCUUGUCGUGAUAAACCUGCUUUUUUCGCUCUUUCUCUUUUUCUGUUCGCGCUGUUUUCCAACCGACUGUUGUUCUAUUCUUCCAACCAUUGUAAGCUUGUCUACUAGUGUACUAUAGAUACAUGUAUAGGCUGCGGCCACUCCCGCGAGCUCUAACUGCUACAAUACGUAUGGAAGUCAUGGUUCUGGAUGUCCGUC